AACAGCGUAUUAGCAUAUAGCUAUGUAGUUGAGUCCCACCCUACAUUAUUUCUCAGUAAAUAUUAUUUUUCACUAGAAAAAAUGUCAAUAUAUUUUUGCUAAUGUUGCUAAUUGAUAAUGCGGUAACAGUGCUAGUCAACAUAUUAGCAUAUAGCAAUCCAGUCGAGUGCUUCUCUACGUUAUUUCUCUGUAAAUAUAAUGUUUUUACUAGGAAAAUGUAAAUGUGUUAUUUCUAAUGUUGCUAAUUCAUUCUGCAGUAGCAGCGCUGGUUGUGUUAAAUCAGCAUAUUAGCGUAACGCAAUCCAGGCCAAGUCCCUCCCUAUGUUAUUUAAUUCUCAGUAGGCUAAAUAUUAUCUUUUAAUAGGAAAAUGUCAAUAUUGCUAAUUAACGCUGCUGUAGCAUUGCUAGUUGUUCAAUCUGCGUAUUCGCGUCUAUCUUUACAUUUCUUUCAGUUUCUAGUGGACGUCAGCUGUUCUUUCCAUACUAUUGUUUAACUUAGUUAAUGGAUGAAGCUAAUCUCGUAUUACCUGCACAGCAAAUGUCAGAGUGUUAAAAUCCCAGAGUUUUGAUGACCAGAGUAAAAUUUAUACACUUUGGAGUAAACUGGGCUUCACCAGAAACUCUCUCAAGUGUUAAUGUAUUGGUUCAGUGUUGAUGUGGAGCUGUUGUAGUGUUAUAGUGGGAUGAUGAACUCUUUGAGAGUCAAUCUGUUGCUGUCCCGUCCUCACAUGAGUUUAGGUUUCGAUACGUCAUCAGAUCGACUAAGCGUUGUCAUUGGUUGAAUCAUGAUGCAGCCUCGUGGACACCAGUUUCCAACUGACAUCCGAAGUCGUCGACAUUUUGAUUCUGCGGGACCGUAGGUAAGAAAUCACCAAGUGAAUCAUGCCGAAUAUUCCUGUUUGUCUUAUUGUCUAAAUUCUCAUAACUAAAACACUAAAAACGCUAAUGUAGAAGUAGAAGAGGUGUGACGUUUUGUUAUUUAGUUUAACGUUAGCUAACUUACUAUACCAAUGGUAGCUAAAGUAAUUGUGAAUGUUAAAUCUGGUAAAACUGUUUUUUUUUAGUGGUAAUGUUGAUCGUUGACCAUUAAAUGAAAUUGCAGCAAUCAUUUGUUAACGUUAGCUGCCUCUCCCAAUCUCGCGCCUUAUGCAGGCUAAAUUGACUAGCUAGCCUUGAAAGCUAACGUUACAGAUUCCCGUCUGAAAUGAUUGAGUCUGACUUUAUUUGCACUACAUUUGGUAUUGUGCGUGUUCAGUAAACCAGUUGUAUUUUUUAUGUUUUAGUAAUAUGUGAGAAAAACUACAGCAAUGCUUUUCAAAGUGCAGUACCAAGGAAAGAAGAAGUACAUCAAACUCAAUGGAGCAUCAUAUCCAGCAUUUCUCAGGGAGGCUAAAGCGAAGUUCAGCAUACCCCCUGAGACAAACAUGUAUGUGCUGGAUGACAGUGGAACAGAGGUUGAUGAAGAGGACUUCAGCGACAUCUUGGAGGAAAAAGCAGACAUCCUGUGGACCAUUGUUAAUGUUCUUUCAGUUUCUGACUCUCCCAUCCAGUCCUCGUGCACAGACACCUUGUCACUAUCAUCACCCUCAUCGGACAGUGAUGCUUCUCUGAUGUCCCCAAAAAGACAGCGCAUUGAUGACACCUUUGUGAUGUCCCCAAAAAGUCUACAUACUGAUGACAGUUCUUCACAAGCCAAAGAGCUUGUCAAAAGAAUUCUGGAACAAAAGCCUGGAGGGGAGAAAAUCCUUGCAAAAUAUUUAAUGACAGGAGAGAUGAAGGACCGAGCACGCCGUGAUCUCGUCAGCAUUGUUGUUGCUGAAAUGUUUGAAAAGUAUGGACGUGCUCCCCCUAUGGAUAAAAGAGCACAGUAUGCAUUGGGGAUAGUAACACUGUUCCCCUCUCUAAAAGAUCCCUACUCCAAAAAAGGCUAUGAACACUUUUUUGACAUAGACAGCAAUGAGGGCUACAUUGCCUGGAAGAUUAAAAACACACAGCGAGAACUCAGCAAUGGCGGUACCAAUGGGGGUAGGAGAAGGAGCUCUCACACUACAGGCAGCAGCGGACCAAACUUACAGAGAGAAGUGACUAAAGUGCAGCAGUUGGAGGGAGACCAGUGUCGUGAGGCCAUAUCUCUACUGAAACACAGCACAGACAACGAACAGAUCUUCAUGAAAAUGAGAGAAACCUUCCAGCACAGGCAAAAGUUGAUCCAUGAUCCUGAGCAAUGCAGCACAGUGCUUACUGUGUUCCCAAGGUUUCUUGACACAAAAGGCCUGGUGGCGCAAGACUUUGACCUGUUGUUUGGAGCUGAGACUUCAUCAAAACUCCUUGAGAAAUGGGAUUUCCUGAAGGCCAAAGUAAUAGAGCAAGCCAAGGACAUCAGCAAGACACCCCUGCUUGACCAUCUCAUCCAGUCUGCAGAGGAGAACACUGAUGAGGAUGACGAGGUCCCAGGUUGGGAUAGUGACAUGGCCUCACUGCUACUGCUGGUCUACCUACUGCCACCACCUCCAAGUGGAAAGAAGGGAGCUGUAAAGAUCAGUACCCGGGAAGCUGUGGACCAUGUAGUCAAAUUUCAUAAGUCAUGUCGCAGCCUUCAGGAGCACUCUGGUCCAAACCAGCGGAGGCAGCCCUACAUCCUGGCAGUUGGGACGACAAGAAAGCACAUCCACGAGUUCUACAUUGCAUUGGAUGGUGAUCUCCUUCCCUGCAAGGGCAAGUCUUCCCUGUCAGCCUUUGAUGAACUUUUCAAAGCACAUUAUGUUUUCGGCAUCUCCUAUGACCAGGCCUUAAAUGGCAUGUACACAUUUGUGCAGACCACCAUCUACAACAUUGAUGUAGGUCAUGCUCACGAAACUCCCAGAGUCAAGGACCUAAGAGCUAAGCUCCUCAACUAAAGAGUUAUGAUGUUCAGAUGCUUUGUUUGCAAGUCUAGUUUUGUUACCGUUCAAAUGUUGAUCCGUCUUGUAACAGAGGACUUUCAGACACUUUGUUUUGCAGAGCAUUUUCAUUCCUUUCAUGUGACACAGGGAAAUGAUCAGAAUGUUUCCAUGCUUAAAGUUGAAAAAUUGCACUUCUUUAAGCCGUUUGAUCUACAAACUACUUAUGGUUUUGAUAGAGAUUAUUUGUGGUUUUAGAACAUCCAUGAACAGUUAAAUAAAACAGACAUAAAAAGCACUGACUUGGAGUAUUUUUCAUUCACUGAUGGUUCUAGGUUUACACUGCAGGUGUUGGAAACUAUUGAAACACUGUAAAUAAAAAAGUACCAGCUUUAGAGUACAUUUGUACUCUCCAAGUGUUAAAUAAUAAGCUCAGCAAAGGUUCUAGGUUUACAAUGCAGGUGUUCAAAAGCACUGAAACGGUGUCAAAAAGUGCUAUUUAUAAGAGUACAUUUUAACUCUCCAGGUGUUCUAAUGUAACUAUUUUUGAGAGUAUUUAUUUUACACUUUUUACAGUGUUCAAUGAACACUGAACUCUUGGACCUAUAUAUACACUGAAACCAGUGUUCAGUGUACUCCUAUAGAGUACAUUGAA